CUUCCCAGCUCCUUCUCAAACGAGAUCCUGGGCCUCAGGUUGCCACUGGAGCCUGUACUUAAUGCCAACACAGUCUGCCUGACUUUACCUGGUCUGACACGGCGACAACUGGAGGUCUGUGUGCGGAAUCCCGAUGUGACAGCUUCUGCCAUUCAAGGCAUCCAGAUUGCCAUCCACGAAUGUCAGCACCAGUUCCGUGACCAGCGCUGGAAUUGCUCCAGCCUGGAGACCAAGAACAAGAUUCCCUACGAAAGCAUAAUCUUCAGCAGAGGUUUCCGGGAAAGCGCUUUUGCCUAUGCCAUUGCAGCUGCAGGUGUAGUGCAUGCUGUCUCUAAUGCCUGCUCCCUGGGCAAGCUGCAGUCCUGUGGCUGCGACCAGAAGCGUCGAGGGGAUGAGGAGGCUUUCCGAGUCAAGCUGCAUCGUCUCCAGCUUGAGGCCAUGAACCGAGGCAAGGGGAUGAUGCACGGAGUACAUUUGGAACACAUGCCGGCUGAAGCCCCUGGCCUACAAGACUCUUGGGAAUGGGGAGGCUGCAGCCCUGAUGUGGACUAUGGGGAGAAGUUUUCCAAGGACUUCCUAGAUUCCCGGGAGAUCCAUCGAGAUAUCCACUCCCGCAUGAGGCUGCACAACAACCGUGUUGGCAGGCAGGUGGUGAUGGAAAACAUGCGGAGGAAAUGCAAGUGCCACGGCACGUCUGGCAGCUGUCAGCUGAAGACAUGUUGGCAGGUAACCCCUGAGUUCCGGUUAGUAGGAUCGCUGCUGAAGGAGCGCUUCUAUGGGGCCAUGAUGAUGCGUCCCCACAACAGGAACACAGGACAGAUGGAGCAGAACCAUGGCCGCCACCGGCGUCGGGCUGGUGUCAGCGACUUGAUCUACUUUGAGAAAUCACCAGAUUUCUGUGAGAGGGAACCAACGCUGGACUCCAUGGGGACACAGGGACGGCUCUGCAACAAGACCAGCCCAGGCAUGGACAACUGUGAGAGCCUGUGCUGUGGGCGAGGACACAAUAUCCUGCGACAGACACGCAGUGAGCGCUGCAAUUGCAAGUUCCAUUGGUGCUGCUUCGUGGCUUGCGAAGAGUGCCGGUUGACAGAGUGGGUCAGUGUAUGCAAGUGA